UUGUUGGAACUGUGAUCUACACUCGUUGAACACUCCUCGUCAGUCGUUACCUCCCUUCCAUUUUCUCCUUCGUUUUCCAGGAGAAAUCAAGUCCAAAAACUGAAGUAUAGAGAGAGAGAGAGAGAUGGAGAGCUCAUCAGAAAUGGUGCCCUUUCCGCAGCUGACAACUCCGAUCGAGUCCAAUUACAGAGUUUGCACCAUUCCCUACAGAUUCCCGUCCGAUAACCCUCGAAAGCCUACUCCUACCGAGAUUUCUUGGAUUGAUCUCUUCCUCAAUUCUAUCCCUUCCUUCAGGAAACGCGCAGAGAAUGACAUUACAGUUGCCGAUGCCAACAUUAAAGCUGAAAAAUUUGCUCAAAGGUAUGCUGAGAUACUUGAGGACUUGAAGAAGGAUCCCGAAAGUCAUGGUGGGCCACCAGAUUGCAUUCUUCUUUGCAGGCUUCGAGAGCAAGUCCUUAGAGAAUUGGGAUUCAGAGACAUAUUCAAGAAAGUUAAGGAUGAAGAGAAUGCGAAGGCUAUAUCUCUAUUUGAGGAUGUAGUUCGUCUUAGCGAUGCUAUUGAAGAUGAAGGGAGGCGUUUAGAAAAUCUGGCUAGAGGAAUAUUUGCGGGGAACAUAUUUGAUCUUGGUUCUGCUCAGCUUGCAGAGGUUUUCUCAAGGGAUGGAUUGUCCUUUCUGGCUAGUUGUCAAAAUAUUGUCCCUCGACCUUGGGUUAUUGAUGACUUAGACUCUUUUAAACAGAAGUGGGGAAGGAAAUCUUGGAAAAAGGCUGUAAUUUUUGUUGAUAAUUCUGGUGCAGAUAUUAUUUUGGGUAUCUUGCCAUUUGCUAGAGAAUUACUCCAACGCGGGACACAGGUUGUUUUGGCUGCUAAUGAUUUGCCUUCUAUCAAUGAUGUAACCUACCCUGAGUUAAUUGAUAUCGUAUCAAAGUUGAAAGAUGAAAAUGGGCAACUUUUGGGUGUUGAUACUUUCAAUCUCUUGAUUGCUAAUUCUGGCAACGAUUUGCCGGUUAUUGAUCUUACAAGAGUAUCGCAAGAGCUUGCCUACCUAGCAAGCGACGCAGACCUUGUUAUCUUGGAAGGAAUGGGUCGUGGAAUAGAGACAAAUCUUUAUGCUCAAUUCAAAUGUGAUUCUCUCAAGAUAGGAAUGGUAAUGACGUCACUUGCACUAUUGUGCUUUUCCAGUAUCUCAGCUGUCAUUUUUCUGGGACAUCUCAUUUCUUUUUUCUCUCUUGCCCCAGGUGAAACAUCCUGAGGUCGCUCAGUUCCUAGGAGGGCGGCUUUAUGAUUGUGUCUUCAAAUACAAUGAAUGUCUGAGUUAGUGAUGCCGAUUCUUGUUUGUACUCUUUACCAAUUAUUCAUAUGUUGCAGGAACAGGACACAGUGUUGUGUCUUAGCCUCCUGCUGUGUUUUAUUUCUGUAGGCUCAAAAUCUAUUGGAAGUCCUCCAUCCCGAUACUGAAUAAAAGAGCAUUUGAAAUUGUUACCAUGAAA